AUGGUUCCAUCUAUGUCUGCAAUACGCUUUCUAUUUAGAGGCAAGUUGAUCUACAUGUGGAUGACAGCGAGUGUUGCACUAAUGAUAGCACGACCCUUCAUUACCAGACCAACAAUAUACAACAGUGCUGUGGGUGCAUUCACAGCAACUCCCUUCAUCUCCGAUGAUAUUCAAUGGGUAGAUUUUCACUUCCAUUCAAUGAGUUUGUCUCAGUUCUUCAUAAAAUCAAGGGAAAUAGAAGGACUGAUUGAAAGAAAGAAAACAAUCCCCAAGUUAGUAUUACUCCUGAAGCUUUUCCUUACCAAGAUUAUAAUUUUACCUCUGCAGGAAGUCGAAAAUUAUGUUAGUGUAUUGCUGCCGAUUCACAACAUAUCAGUGGUGUUUAUAUUGGUGAUGCUGUAUUCAGUCAUAUGUUGUUCUGUCGCAAAAAUGAGCCGGCUUAGUCACACAAAUAUCGACAGAGUACAAAUACAGCUUUUCCUUCAAGCUCUCCUAAUCUGCGCAAGCACGGCUAUAGCAGCCAGUCUCUACACUGUUUUGAAUUUUAUUCCAGCACCUAAAUACUUUGUGAUCACUGCAAAUGCUGUAUGGCAAUUCAGUCACGGUACGUCCUUUUUAAUGGCAAUUAUGGACUAG